AUGGCCAAUCCAGACAAAGACAAGUUGCUUCGGGCCCUCGAAGCUCACGGGCAGCAAUUCCUAGGCUCGUUCGCCUCACCAAUCGUGAUGGGCAAACGGAAAGACACCUCGAGCACAGAGAAGAGGCGUACGAAGAAAAAAAGAGUGGAAGAAGUCGAAUCCGAGGAGGAAUGGUCUGGUAUUGGCUCGUCGAGCGGAAGCGAGGAGGAUAAGAACGUAGACGAGAGCGGAGAGGUGGACUCGGACGAAGAAGUUGAGCCGUCAUCACAGGAUGCCUUUGCGUCUCAAGCAAACGUGGUUGUGUUCUCGGAGACCCAGUCAAUAGCUGGUCCAUCGACCUCAAAACCUAGCAAGGCGCAGAUGAAAGCCUUCAUGGUGGCUCACUCAAGAUGUCCAAGAAACCCCGAAGAGGAAGAGCCAGAUGACGGAGAUGACGAACUCACGAAUGCGCAAAACGACGCUCUCUUGCAUCGUCUCGUGCACACCCGUAUCCUCUCCGGAUCGCUAGAUGCAGAGCUCAACCUGACGCCCGCGCAGCGGAAGAAGGCGCUAGCUGGCCGCGUCCUGGAAGCCGCUGGCAGCGAGCGCGUCCGGGAAGGAAUGGCGACGAAGCAGCAAGAACGGAAUGAGAAGCAGCUCGAAGAGGCGAAGCAGCUCGGAAAUUAUCACCCUGCACUGAAGAAACUCUAUGAAGCAUCUGCGCAGGGACAGAAAAGGAAGAGGGAGAAGGGCCUCAAGAUGGGCGUGGGUUCGUUCAAGGGCGGCGUUCUCAAGCUGAGCAAAAAUGAGAUCGACUCAGUGUUGGCGGUGGUUCUCGAGGUGGACGCGGGCCGAGGAAGAGAGGUGGCAAGCGGUAGUCGGGGCUGUCAGUGGUCUGCACGCCAUCUACACUAA